UAAACAAGCAACUGUUGCCUGGAUACAAGUGUUUGGGUUUCGAUAACCAGCAGCCCGUACGACACAUUUGACUCCAAACAGAAUUACCACAAUGGCCGAAGAAGACACGCAAGAGGUCCCAAAGCUGGAGUUGGAGGCAGUUAUUGGUUUCAACGGACACGUGUUUUCUGGUCUCAAAGUUCACCCUGACAGAGAGCAUCUUAUUUACCCUCUGGGCUCCACUGUUAUUAUUAAAAGUCUGAAGAGUGGAAAGCAAGCUUUCUUCCAUGGCCACACCAACAAUGUCUCUUGCAUCGCUGUGUCCAGAAGUGGACGCUAUAUUGCAUCUGGACAGGUCACUUUUAUGGGCUUUAAGGCUGAUGUUAUUAUCUGGGACUAUGAGAAGCAAGAGAUUUAUGCCCGUCUGGUGCGUCACAAAGCUAAAGUUGAAGAUCUCAGCUUUUCACCAAACGAAAAGUACCUGGUGUCUCUGGGCGGGCAGGAUGAUGCCAGUAUUGUGGUGUGGAACAUCGAGACUAAGGAGGCAAUCUGUGGCAGUCCUGCUUCAGCACAAAGUGCUGGUCACUGUCUCACCAUAGAGUACACCAACCUGAGUGAUGAAGUCUUUAUCUCUGCGGGAAAUGGAACUCUGCGUGUAUGGGAGCUUGAUUUGGCCAACAGAAAGAUCAGAGCCAAUGAAUGUCAAACAGGACAGCUUAAGAGAAUUGUGACAUGUAUUGAGAUUGCUAAAGAUGAUUGUUAUUUCUAUUGUGGAACAACUAGUGGAGAUAUUCUGAAAGUAAACCUGAAGACUAGAUUGCUGAACAGCUGUGGUCCUGUUAAACAAAAAUUCAGCAAGGGAGUGAACAAUCUUAAAGUCCUGAAGACCGGUGAUAUUUUAGUUGGAUCUGGAGAAGGCAUGUUAACUAUGUGCUCUGGAGGGAAUUUCAAAACUAUUAAGAGUGUUCAGUUAGAAGGAUCUGUGACAUCAGUAGCCCUGCGUGGAGAGGGACAACAGAUUUUUAUCGCAACAGAUAUAGCACAGAUCUACACUUUGGGCUACACUGAUUUUAAACCAGAGCUUAUUGCCACAAAUCAUAACAGUGCUGUGAAGGAUGUGGCCUUUCCCUUUGGGACUUCCGAGCUUUUUGCCACAUGUUCACAGAAUGAUAUCCGUGUCUGGCAUACUGAGUCCUCCAAGGAGCUUCUGCGGAUUGUGGUGCCCAACGUGACUUGCAAUGCUCUUGGCCUCAUGAAGGAUGGCAGGAGCAUCUUCAGCGCUUGGAAUGAUGGGAAGAUCCGAGUCUUCUUUCCAGAGAGUGGGAAGCUGAGGUUGAUCAUUCAUAAUGCCCACAGUAUGGGCGUGACUGCCAUAGCAGCAACCAAUGACUGCAGGAGGAUUGUCAGUGGAGGAGGAGAAGGACAGGUGAGACUUUGGGAGUUAUUCCAGAACUCAUACCAACUCAUUGAGACCAUGAAGGAGCACAAAGCUGCUGUCAACUGCAUUAAGAUAAAGAGUAAUGAUAAAGAGUGUGUCACGGCCAGCUCGGAUGGAGCCUGCAUCAUCUGGGACCUGGUGAGGUUUGUAAGGAAUCAAAUGGUCUUGGCUAACACUAUUUUUAGUGUUGUGUGCUACCACCCUGAAGAAUACCAGAUCAUCACCAGUGGCACCGACAGGAAGAUUGGCUACUGGGAGGUGUAUGACGGUUCUGCGAUCAGAGAACUUGACGCCUCCUUGUCUGGGGCUAUAAAUGGCAUAGACAUUUCUGAGGAUGGAAAAUACUUCGUGACUGGUGGAGAUGAUAAACUAUUGAAGCUCUGGCUCUACACCGAUGGUGAAGUGACGCAUGUUGGCAUCGGACACAGCGGAAGCAUCACAAAUGUGAGGAUCUGUCCCAACAGCAAUUAUAUCGUGAGCACCAGUGCCGAUGGCGCUGUCCUGAGGUGGAGAUACCCACAAACUCCAUAGAACCGUGAUAAAGAUCAUCUGACUCAGUACUUGA